AUGCCCAAAUCGCUCAUGCCCUGGACCCCACCAGACCUCCGGAGUAUCACGGGGUUUGUGUUGCAGACCGGGGGCCGGAGUGGGGCUUGGGCAACGGUGAGCACCCUCAUCCGCCGCAACCUCGUCCUCAAGGCUGGUGUACCACCCAGGUACUCACUGACCCCCCAGGGGCUGGAGCUGGCCCAGAGGCUGGUGGGGGGCCCUGAGACUCAGACCCCCCUGGACUCCAAGGAUGAGGAGGAGAGCCAACCCCCAGAGCCCGUCUGCCUGACAGAGGCCCCAGGGGAGCCUGCCCCCGAGAUCAUCCUGCGCCCUGGGGAGUUUGACAUUGUCCUCUGCGUGGACUUUAUUGAGACUACGGGGCCAGCAGGGGGCCGGAAACAGGCACUACUGGAAGCGCUGGUGCGGGGUGCAGUGCCCUAUGACGUGCGUAAGCUCCACGUGGCUGAUUUCGUCUGGGUCGCCCGGGAGCGCCAGCCCCAUGGCGUGGGGCCCCUCCGGGAGCUGGUCCUGGACUACGCGGUGGAGCGGAAGCGCAUGGCCGACCUCUGUAGCAGCAUCAUGGACGGGCGCUUCCGGGAGCAGAAGGUGGGGGCUGGGGGCGGGGCUGGGGUACAGGUUGGGCAUUGAGUAUAACUUGGGGAUGGGUCUCACCUUGCAGGGGUGUGGUCUGGGCUUGUGGGGGCAGGGCUCCUGUGGUUGGGGGCAGGUCCCUAAACCUACAGUGGGAGCAGCUAUGUGGCAGGGGUGGGAGUCCA